UGUUCACAUGCUUGUGCCUUCUACCUGUUGACCUCUCAGUAAGCUUCUCAAGCUAGCCAUCUAGCAUUUGCAGAUUUCAGUUGAUUUUGCUCACAAAGUGUGCUGAAAAAACAUUUCUCCCAAUUUACUGAAAUAAACAACAUAAAAUAACAUGUUAUUUUGAUUGUUAGUAUUAAGGCAAUGGGGCAGACACUUCCUACGACAACAAUGCAUUAAUCAAUGACACACAUUUGCAGCAGUGCGUUGUUGUGCUCUAGUGCAAGGAUACAUCAGAAAAGAAAAGAGAUUGAAAACAGGUUUGAACAUUUUUCAAGGGUGAUAUUUUUUUAAUACUGUAUGAAAAGCCCAGAGCAGUUAAAAUGCCAAUCAAAAUUGUGGCGGGAAAAAACCCAAACUGUUGUGUUGAUGGAGCUUGUGUUCCUGUUCUAACAGAAUUGAUGAGGAAAAGCCCCAUCCUCAGGCUAACAUCUCUCUCUCUCUCUCUCUCUCUCUCUCUCUCUCUCAAUGCUUUUUUUAAGUUAGUGGAAAAUGAGAUCAGGUCUUCAUAAGGCAACUGACCAAAAUUAAAGCGGCAUAUAAUUUAACUGAAAUAGAUACAUCUUGGAAUAUUUGAUAAAAUUCCAAAUAUGAUUCUGAAAAUUCAAGUGAUACUUUCCACAAGCCACUGAAAUGGAGAAUAUACUGUAUGGCCCACUGUAUUGCCAAACGGGAAAUUGUAAAUUAAUCAAUUGUGGACUAUAUUACUGACAGUUAAAUUGGAGGUGUUUGUAAAAUUACACAAAUAUUCCAUUAUUCAAAAGAGGAAUUAAUUAUGACAGGGUGAUUCUCUCUCUAAUCCUUCUCCUCCCCAUUUCUCUUUCUCUCUCCGAGCCUCUCUUCGGUCAUCCAGCCUAAGGCACACAUGCUUUCCAUACAUUUGACACAAAAAGGUCCCUGGCCCUUGGGCAGCAGUACUCAUCCAUAGGAUCACAACCCAUCCUGUGUGGCUCCAUACCUGGCUUGGUGCCAAAACAGCUGCGCUUCUGCCGCAAUUACAUUGAGAUCAUGCCCAGUGUAGCGGAGGGAGUCAAACUGGGAAUCCAGGAAUGUCAGCACCAGUUCCGUGGCCGCAGGUGGAACUGCACCACUAUCAAGGACAAUCUAGCCAUAUUUGGACCAGUACUUGAUAAAGCCACAAGAGAAUCUGCAUUUGUUCAUGCAAUUGCCUCAGCUGGAGUGGCGUUUGCAGUGACCCGCUCGUGCGCAGAGGGGACCUCCACAAUGUGCGGCUGUGACUCCCAUCAUAAAGGCCCGCCGGGAGAGGGAUGGAAGUGGGGCGGUUGCAGUGAAGAUGCUGAGUUUGGGGUUCUGGUAUCACGAGAGUUUGCCGACGCUCGUGAGAACCGACCAGAUGCCCGGAGUGCCAUGAACAGGCACAACAAUGAGGCAGGACGGAUGACCAUCCUGGAAAACAUGCACCUUCGCUGUAAGUGCCAUGGACUGUCAGGCAGCUGUGAAGUGAAGACCUGCUGGUGGGCGCAGCCUGACUUCCGGCUGUUGGGGGACUACCUGAAAGACAAGUACGACAGUGCCUCCGAGAUGGUGGUGGAGAAACACCGGGAGUCCAGAGGCUGGGUGGAAACACUACGUGCCAAAUACGCCUUCUUCAAACACCCCACCGAGCGAGACCUGGUGUACUACGAGGGAUCUCCAAACUUCUGCGAGCCAAACCCAGAGACGGGUUCGUUUGGUACUCGUGACCGCGUCUGCAACGUGUCGUCGCACGGCAUCGAGGGCUGCGACUUGCUGUGCUGCGGCCGUGGCCAUAACACACGGACAGAAAAGCGUAAGGAGAAAUGCCACUGCAUCUUCCACUGGUGCUGCUACGUCAGCUGCCAGGAGUGUGUGAGGGUCUACGACGUGCACACGUGUAAAUAAGAGCAGCAGGCGGAGGAAGAAAGGGACUAGAGGACAUUAAAGGACGGAAAGCAAGAGAAGGAGAGGGAGAGACUGAGAACACACACACACACACACACACGAUAGUGGCACUUCUGUGGUAGAACUCUUUACUAAUGUGCCCUUUUUGAUCUACACAGCCCAAAAGAUGCCCAACGUGAGCAUCAUGGUUACUACUGCCAUUCCUCUCACUUACUUCCGCAAAAGAACAAAAUGUCUUGUUAUCAUUCAGUCUUCUUUAUCUGUAACACCAUCUCUCUGAUCAUCCCACCCAACUGUCCCGGGGCCGAAACGGGAUAUGUUCACCUACAACCAAUGACACAAGGCACGCAUGAAAGAACAAGAGGAUGGGAGGGAGGGAGGGAGGACGACGAGAAACUACUGAAUGCUGGGUCUCGAAAUGCGCCCUGCUAUACUACUGAAUCCAAUGCGUCGCUCAUGUUUUCCCUCAAGGUUUCCUCAUCCAAGGACAUAUUGAACACUACCACCACAUUCCCUAUAAUUAUACAUGUUCAAAACGUGGAACGUAUUUGCUGUUUGCUACAUAAAAACCUCUUAAUUUGCUUUAUACAGCAGUUUGGAGGGGUGCAAUCGAUAAAUUAGCGUAGAGUAGGAUAUUUUUCAGAACAUGAUCAUGCAAAGCCAUCGGUAACUCUUCUGGAUGAGUGGAUGACAGCUGGUGAAAUGCAUGACGGCAGAAUGCGACGACGCGCACUGGGCUCACGUGCACCCGACCAGUAAAAUUUUGCACUUACAAAACUACUAAUGAGUAUACUAAUUCUAGAGAUUAUGACGAUUAUUUUUAACAUAUUCUUUUUGAUAAAGCUCCUCGUAUAUGACUGUGAAGGCACCGUUUCAACACUUCCCUGAUGAGAAGUUUGCUUAGAGGAAGGAGAACCAGUGAACAGGAGGAGGAUAGUUAAGGAAAGAAAUAAGAGGGUGAAUAAAGGAGGGAAGUGGCAACCCAUGAGAUUUUACAAAGUUUACAAAGUGGUGAUUUCGUAUGAAUUCGUACAAUGUGAAUUUGGAAAAAAGCAAGCAUGAAGGUCCAUCCCUAAACCUAACAAGAGGAUCCUAUGAAAAUGUACGAAGAUCGUAGGCUACUAGUUUAUACGAAAUAGCCACCAAUUGGCCAAAAUCGCCAUGAGAGCGUGUUGGAAGUGGAGGACUGCUGUGUGCGGGUUUGAGUUUGUGAUAAAUGGAGGAAAGACUGGCUUCACAAAGCUGAAACCGACUUGAGGAGGUUUCCAUACGACAUGUUCUGACAGUCCCAUACGCUUCCCGCUAAUUAAGUUCUACUACGCAAUGCUACUUCGCAUCCACACCAAUCCUUGAGGAGCCCUCUCUCAACGGUCACAUCUACGCUCCCUUUUCCAUUUCUCCUUCCGCUAUAUCCAAAGUUUUGUACAAAGCCUUUAAAAGUUCAUAAUUCCCUUUUUAUUUUAUAAUCUGAAAAUGUUAUGUUUUUAUAAAUAUUAUUUAUUACACAAUGUAUAUAUCUGUAUGACUGAACUAAGAUUAUAUAUUUGAAGAACAAAACCGUCUCAUGAUUUUGCUUUUGAAUACAAGAUUGGCUUUUGCGCAAAUGAUAUAUUGUGCUAUAUAGCCUCCUUUGAUAUGCAAUGCGGAUAACGACACUUUUAACAACCAAUGAUUUUCUCCAUAGUGGCAUAAAAAUAAAAUACUGUGCAACACUGGCACGCAGCUAAAUAAAGGGUUCGAUCUACCAGAUCACAAUCAUCUGACCUCCAUGUCUGCAUCUACUCUGUCAUUCCAGCGCUGACAUCAUCCUGUAGGUUUGCAGGCGGAUCUCUGGUGUCUCCAUUACAGUAGCUAAACAAAAUGACAUAGUAAAGCAUGACAUAAUGCACCAUACAAAUAUUGACUGAAAUAAAACAUAUUUUACCUGUUCAU